AUGUGCGCAGGUGUGACGUUUGUGGAGGCUAUCGCAUCGGUGAUCUCAAAUCCCCUCGACGAGGACGAGGACGACGAAGAGGCAGACGAGGGCGCCGAAUUCAUGCUGCCUACGCUUGAGGAGCGCGAGGCGGAAAAGAUGCGCGGAGCGGACCUGCAGCUGGUGCACAUGCGCAUCCAGGAGAUCGUGACGGUGCUGUCCAACUUCAAGAAGCUGGCGGUGGACGGGCGAUCGCGCUCCGAGUACGUCGAGCAGCUGCUGUCGGACAUCUGCACGUACUACGGCUACAACGCCUUCCUUGCCGAGAAGCUGUUUGAGCUCUUUACGCCCGCCGAGGCGAUCGAGUUUUUCGAGGCCAACGAGACGCCGCGUCCGGUAACCAUCCGAGCCAACACGCUGCGCACGCGCCGACGCGAUCUGGCACAGGCGCUCAUCAACCGCGGCGUCAACCUGGAGCCCAUCGGCGCAUGGAGCAAAGUGGGUCUGCAGGUGUUUGAGUCGAGCGUGCCCAUUGGUGCGACGCCCGAGUACCUCGCGGGGCACUACAUGCUUCAGGCCGCAUCGAGUUUCCUGCCUUGCAUUGCGCUUGCGCCGCAGCCCAACGAGCGCGUGCUCGACAUGGCCUCGGCACCCGGUGGCAAGUCGACCUACCUCUCGGCACUCAUGCAGAACACGGGCACGGUGUUUGCCAACGACUCGAACAAGAACCGCAUCAAGUCGCUCGUCGCCAACAUCCACCGUCUGGGUUGCAAGAAUGUGGUGGUGUGCAACUACGACGGACGCCAGUUUCCCAAGGUGAUUGGCGGGUUUGAUAGGGUCUUGUUGGAUUCGCCGUGUUCGGGCACCGGUGUGAUUCACAAGGACCAGUCGGUCAAGGUGAACAAGUCGGAGCGCGACUUUGCGCUGCUGACGCACUUGCAGAAGCAGCUGCUGCUGUGUGCGAUUGACAGUGUCAACCCUCGCUCGAGCACGGGCGGGUACGUGGUGUACUCGACCUGCUCGGUCAUGGUGGAGGAGAACGAGGAGGUGGUUCAGUACGCCCUGCGCAAGCGUGCCAACGUAAAGAUCGUCGAUACCGGCAUCAAGUUCGGUCGCGACGGAUUCAAGGCGUUUGGCCGCAGCAAGUUUGACGACCGCAUGCCUCUGGCUCGCCGCAUCUUCCCGCACGUCCACAACCUCGACGGCUUCUUCCUCUGCAAACUCAAGGUCUCGCCCCCCUCCAACAACAACAAGAAUGCCUCGGCGGCCGAGGCUGACGCCAACGCAGAUGCAGACGCCAUGCUCUCGUUGGACAAUCCCGAGGACCAGAAACGCAUGGAAAAGUCGCUCAAAAAGGCAAAGUCGUCGCGCUGA